CUCCAAUCUCCUGGUUGAAACUUAAAACGGUUCGAGUUCAUCUUAAUUUCAGUGUUGUAAAACUCUAUAUACCAUCUUAACGAUAGUUUGCCGCGCCCAUCUCUACUUCAGAACGCACCGCGAAAAAGCGACGCCAAUUUAAUUUCAACGAAUUGUGAAAAGUGCAAAAUAAGGAAACAAUGGCCGACGUGGACGAUCUGGAUACCCUAUCUAACGCUGAGCUGCGUGCAAAAAUGUUGGCUCAGGGCCUGCCCAACAUUCCGGUAACGGACAGCAGUCGCAAAAUAUUGGUGAAGCGUCUGCGCGCCUCGCUCGGCGGACAGGCGUCGCCGGCAGCCGGCACUGCAAGUCCCAAAAAGAGCAGCAGUCGUCGAGAGACCCUGGCUGCUUCUACGGCAGCACCUUCCGCAGCCUCCACGCCGGUAGACAAGCUGGAUGGAAGCAAGGUGGCCCCAGCCACGAAGGCACGCCGUACUAUCGCCGCCACGGAAGCGGCUAAGGAAGCUAAGGAAGUGGUGCCCAAGAAGGCAGUUGCUGCUGCUCCUCCAAUCCAGACACGCCGCAGUUCUACUACAUCUACCGGAUCCGAGAAAAGGGAGCCACAGCGUGUGGUUAAGAAGCCAGAAACCAUUGUCGAGGAGCCUGUGACCUCCAAUCGCACCAAUCAGCAUGAAAACACCCUGGAGAUCAAUUCGUUGAUUGUGCUGGAAUCCGACGACGAGGAGGAUGAGCAGCUGGCUCGAGCUGCUGAUUUAGUUGAGAAGAAAAUCGCCAAUAAGGAGAAGUCUAAGCAGAGCAGCGUAAACACAACUUACGAGAAGGUGUCCAAGGUGGAUCCACCACGUCGUCCAGCUUAUGAACCUUCUGUAGAGCCUCGCCGGCCAACUUAUGAAGCUCCUAUAGAGCCACGCCGGCCAACUUAUGAAGCUCCUAUAGAGCCACGCCGGCCAACUUAUGAAGCUCCUGUAGAGCCACGUCGUCCAGCUUUUGAAUCUUCUGUUGAGCCACGCCGGCCAGCUUUUGAAUCUUUAGAGCCUCGCCGGCCAACUUAUGAAGCUCCUGUAGAGCCUCGCCGGCCAACCUAUGAAUCUUCUCGGGACCUUCCACGUCGUCCCACCUAUGAAGCCUCGGCUGCUCCUGUUUUGAAUGCAGCUCCUUCGGGUCCAUCGGCCAGAUCCCAGACUAGUUCCUCCACAACGUACGACUACCUGAGUAGCCGCACCGGCCGUUACAGCAGCUAUGUGCGCACGCCGGUCCAAAGCUAUGUGACCGCAGAGGCACCUUCGCAGCCGGCCACAUCAAGCUACACACGCACCUACGCCAACGAGCUGAGCGAUGACACUGACGCAGUCGAGGAUGCCGAAUACGAGAGCACUUUUGCCCAGAAUCUGGCACGCUUGAAGGCAGAGCGCAUCGGAGACAGGAGCAGCCCGUACACCAGGCGCACGGUUGGGUCAGGCUAUGGCUCCUUGGCCAGGCGGUCGCUGCGUCAGGAGAACCAAAGCGUCGGUGCCGCUUUCAAACGCUCGUGGGCGAGCGUUGAUCAAAAAUAUAAGCUUAAGCAGAAGCUGUUUAUUGUCUUUGUCAUCCUAUUGCUAGUAGCUGUCUAUGCUUUGUUCUAUUAGGCCUGCGCGCCGGUUUCCAUUUUCCGAUUCUAUAGUAUUUACAUGUUGCAUUUUGUUUUGUAAACAGGCCCUCGAAUUGCGGGCAUUGUAUGAAUCGCUGUUUUGAUGUAAUUUGAAUCUGAGAUUGUUUAGAAUUUAAGCCAAGUGUGUUAAACGUGUUCUAAUAAAGCCCACUUGCAGGGAA